UCAGUCCUGGAAAGAGGAGCACCAUGUCUCUGAGCAGCACCUUCAGGGCUGUGGGCAACGACCCUGGGAUCAUCACCUGGAGAAUAGAGAAAAUGGAGCUGGCACUGGUGCCCCUGAGUGCCCAUGGCAACUUCUAUGAAGGGGACUGCUACAUCGUCCUCUCGACCCGGAGAGUGGGAGGUCUCCUCUCCCAGGAUAUCCACUACUGGAUUGGGAAGGACUCCUCUCAGGACGAGCAGAGCUGCGCAGCCAUCUACACCACCCAGCUGGAUGACUACCUGGGAGGUAGCCCCGUGCAGCACCGAGAGGUCCAGGGCCAUGAAUCCGACACCUUCCGUGGCUACUUCAAGCAGGGCAUCAUCUACAAGAAGGGGGGUGUGGCCACCGGGAUGAAGCACGCGGAGACCAACACCUACAAUGUGAAGCGGCUGCUACAUGUGAAGGGGAAGAGAAACAUCAGGGCCACUGAGGUAGAAAUGAGCUGGGACAGUUUUAACCGAGGUGAUGUCUUCUUGAUGGACCUUGGGAAGGUCAUCAUCCAAUGGAAUGGCCCAGAGAGCAAUAGUGGGGAGCGUCUGAAGGCUAUGCUUCUGGCAAAGGAUAUUCGGGACAGGGAGCGAGGGGGCCGUGCUGAAAUAGGAGUGAUCGAGGGAGACAAGGAGAAGGUCAGCCCAGAGCUGCUGAAGGUCCUUCAGGACACCCUUGGCCGACGCUCCAUUAUCAAGCCUGCAAUCCCUGAUGAGAUCAUAGAUCAGCAGCAGAAAUCAAACAUCAUGUUGUACCAUGUCUCAGACUCAACUGGGCAGCUGGUGGUCACAGAGGUUGCCACGAGGCCUCUGGUCCAAGACUUACUGAAACAUGAUGACUGCUACAUCCUGGACCAAAGUGGAACUAAGAUCUUCGUGUGGAAAGGAAAAGGAGCCACAAAGGCUGAGAAACAGAUGGCCAUGUCUAAAGCCCUGAGCUUCAUCAAGAUGAAGGGCUACCCCAGCAGCACCAACAUAGAGACCGUCAACGAUGGUGCCGAGUCAGCCAUGUUCAAGCAGCUGUUUCAGAAGUGGUCAGUGAAGGACCAGACCGCAGGCCUAGGGAAAACAUUCAGCAUUGGGAAAAUCGCUAAAGUUGCCCAGGAUAAGUUUGAUGUAACUGUACUGCACAACACGCCAGAGGUGGCUGCCCAGGAAAGAAUGGUUGAUGAUGGCAAUGGGAAAGCUGAGGUCUGGAGAAUCGAAAACCUGGAGUUGGUCCCCGUGGAGCAUCAGUGGUAUGGCUUCUUUUAUGGGGGAGACUGCUAUCUGAUUCUCUACACAUACAAGGUGAAUGGGAAGCCACAUUACAUCUUAUACAUCUGGCAGGGCCGCCAUGCCUCCCAGGAUGAGCUGGCAGCCUCAGCAUACCAGGCGGUGGAGAUGGAUCGGCACUUUGACGGGGCCCCUGUGCAGGUUCGGGUCACCAUGGGAAAGGAGCCACGCCACUUCAUGGCCAUCUUCAAAGGGAAGCUGGUUAUUUUUGAGGGUGGGACUUCCAGGAAGGGAAAUAAGGAGCCUGACCCUCCGGUAAGGCUCUUCCAGAUUCAAGGAAAUGACAAAUUUAACACCAAAGCAGUGGAGGCUCCAGCCUUCGCCUCCUCCCUAAACUCCAAUGAUGUCUUUCUGCUGCACACCCAGACAGAGAACUACCUGUGGUAUGGCAAGGGGUCUAGCGGGGAUGAGCGGGCAAUGGCUAAGGAGCUGGCUGAGCUUCUCUGUGACGGCACCGAGGACACUGUGGCGGAGGGCCAGGAGCCUGCCGAGUUCUGGGACAUACUGGGAGGGAAAGCUCCUUAUGCCAAUGACAAAAGACUACAGAAUGAAAUCUUAGAUGUCCAGCCCCGUCUCUUCGAAUGUUCCAAUAAGACGGGCCGGUUCCUUGUCACUGAGAUCACAGACUUCACCCAGGACGACCUCAACCCCGGUGAUGUGAUGCUCCUGGAUACCUGGGACCAGGUGUUCUUGUGGAUUGGGGCCGAGGCAAAUGCCACAGAGAAGGAGAGAGCCCUCAGUACAGCCCAGGAGUACCUGCACACCCACCCCAGCGGUCGAGACAUCGACACACCAAUCCUGAUCAUUAAACAGGGGUUUGAGCCUCUCACCUUCACAGGCUGGUUCCUGGCCUGGGACCCUCACAUUUGGAGUGCAGGAAAAUCAUAUGAACAGUUAAAGAAAGAGCUGGGAGAUGCUGCUGCUAUCGUAAGAAUCACUGCUGACAUGAAGAACGUGACCCUUUCCCUGAAUCCUGAUGACAGCAAGCCAAAAUAUUACCCUAUAGAAGUUCUAUUGAAAAGUAAGAAUCUGGAGCUGCCUGAGGAUGUGAACCCUGCCAAAAAGGAGAAUUACCUCUCUGAACAGGACUUUGUUUCUGUGUUGGGCAUCACAAGAGGGCAAUUUGCUGCUCUACCUGGCUGGAAACAGCUCCAGCUGAAGAAAGAAAAGGGGCUUUUCUAAGGCAUGAAAGCAUGUACCUACUGCAAGACCACAGAAGAAAGCAGAUAGUACCAACAUCAGGAAAAAAAUUAUCUACCAAUUCUUGCCUGCCAUUCAGCUACUUAAUUUAGAUAAAUAGGGUCUGCAAAUCACAGCAUGUUCUCCAUUGUUUCUCAUCCAUGCAUUCCCUAGUUGUUUUACACCUAAAAUGUUAACUGCCCAAUUUUUGGCUUUUGUGGCCUUCUGGCUAAAAGCCUCAGUAGAAAGCACUACAAUUGCAUGAAUCUGGAAAAGCCAAAAGAAAGAUAACAAAAAAAUUAAGCAUAAGACAUUUAAUAUUGGUGCCAGGAUCUAAGCUUGUUUUAACCAAAACCUAUUUAACCAACAAGUCAUUGAAGUUAUUCACAAAUACACCCUGAAGUCAAAAUCCAAAUGCCCAGAUCUGUAUGUGCCAGAGCAUUUUGAACUUUUCAAUUAAAGAUACCU